AUGCCGAAUCAUUUCAACCUGGAGGAGUGUGAACGAUUCCUCCACGACGAAAACCAGUUUAGUCCAGGAGCGUCGAAACGCAUCGAAAAAUACCUUCAAAUUUCUCGAGAAGGCCUAGACGAGUUUUUGAUUCGAUUCCCAAAGAUGAUUCGAAAUGAGGAUCAAUUGUUUUAUAUCGUGCGAUUUAUGAGGGCGCAUCACAAGUUCGACACGCAAGAUCACGAAAGAAUUUUCAACAGUAACCUGUUUACAACUAUGGAGAGAAAAGUGACGGAGCUACUCGCUGUUGUGGAGCAAAAAGACCCCCACACGUAUUGGUAUUUGAUACAUGCCCUGCAGUCAAAACAUUCCUCUUUGUAUGAGCAUCUCCACGGAUCUAUAAAAUGUUGUAGUACGUAGAAGAUUUGUGAUUGCGGGCCGAGUUUGAACGUUUAUCCUUUGGUGAGAUAUUUUGGUCCCGAAAUUCAUGAUUCCCUUACCUUUGCAAUGAAUAAUUUUACUUCGAAAUAGUGACGUCAUGCAUGGGCAAUUUGUAAUGCUCGACUUACGUGAUUCUUGUUAUUUUUGUUGUUAUCUUCAACAAUUACGACAUUUCGGAGUCUUGCUCUAUAUCAUGUUAUCCAGUUCCCUGUUUUCGAAAUUUUUCCUUCUAGUUCUCUUCUGAAUGGAGAUUAAUUAUCGGUCAUAAAUGCCUAUCUGUAGCACGGAGCAAAAUUAACAUCAAUCUGUUGACCAAUAUCCAUAAGUAACGAAAAGUACAUGUGUUGUUCUGUAUUUACGCAUGGGAAAUGGUUGCAUUUUAGAACGUCAACGAACUCUGAAUCAAAUAAUGAAUUUUGUUGUUGGAUAUCCAAGAAGAUAACUAUUUUUCUGUGCGAAAGGGAUGACAGUUCUGAGAGAGGUUGUUUUGGUAUAGAGGCCAACUUCAGUAACAUAGAAAUCAAAACGGGGAAUAAAUGACUAAGACAUGGACAGCCACUUUUGUCAUUUCAAGUCAUGUUCAUGUCCAACUUUGUUAUUUGUUUUCUCAUUUUCAACCCAUAAGGACAGCGUUUUAAAUCAUGAAAGAUGUAAGAAUAGCAAAGAACUAUUAUUCAGAAGAAGUUAUUUCUUUUUGAAGACCGCAAAACGUAAUUAAUGGCUGAAAGGUAAAAGCAUGUUUUUGAUAUCGAUAUUGGCACAUCACUGAUAAGUUAAUUAUUUAGAAAAACCCCCUUCAAACUCACCAAAGAUUACAACAUCGAUAAAAAUAGAAAUAACACUUGAUGUUAAGCAAUAAGCUAAACAUCACGUGUUAUUUCUAUUUUCAUCGAUGUUGUAAUCUUUGUUGACGUUUGAAAUUGCCGAUCCCAGUGGUGCAAUAUGCAACAGUACUCGAAAGUCUCCAAGAAGGUUCGUUUUUUGUAAGCCGAACUGAAUUUGACUUUGGAACGACGCAACCUAACGAUUUUUAGUGGUUUAAAAAAAUGCGUUUUAAUACUUCAUGCGAUAAUUGAUCGUCGCACGAUUGAUUCGCUGAGGAAAUCAAUGACGUGAAAAAGCGGCCGUUCGAAAAACGAAAUUACAGGCCCUGGCAGACGGAAAGAACAGUUUAGUUGUUCCAAAUUAAAACUGCAAUUCCUGACUGAUUCUGAAGUUGAAAGUUCAUACACUCAAUCUGAGUUAUUAGGUUGGCUCAGGAUUAAGAAAACACGAGUUUAUGUUUCUCUCGACUAGGCUUACGUCCUAUUGAUAGAAAAAAGGCCUCUGCUGCUAGCUGUAAGAGAAUGAUAUCCUUCACUGCAGGGAAAUUUUUGUUAAGUACCUCAUCCCUAAGACAAGUAACACAGCUGUUUGAAAAGUUUCACUAUUCUUUUGAUUGCAGUGUGUAAAGAUAUAAAACAUAGAGAGAAAGAGGAGGAGUUACAUUUUUCAGGUGAGAUGAGAAUAUGAUUUUAUUUUACUUAAGCGCGAGUGAGACAGUAGUUUUGAAAGCCCGGAUUAAGCGGAGAAAGGGCGGAAUGGGGGAGAGGAAGAAGAAACUGUGAGCUGCUUAUGGUCGGUUUCAUUUGUAAUUGAUAACAUACUGCGUCUGGAUAGAUACAAAAUGAAAUACUUGCUUUGCAGAUUUGGAAAAUGAAGGGAAAGUAGUAGUCCCCUUACUUAAAGCUUUGUGUGAAGCAUUUGAGGACAAAGUCUCCACUGGAAGAUCGUUCAUCGAAAAGAUGAGAACUGCGAGGCAAAGUGAGUUCCGUCAAUUCUAA